UAAGAAAAUAGUAAAUUGUGUGUGAUUUCAACAGCUAAAAGCUUUUAAGUUUUUUAAUACGUAAAAUGCUAAUAUGACAGUUAUUCAUUAUUGUUUUCGCUUUAGCCUUAUCUUUUUGCUUCCUGAUUUUGACGUCUUGAAAAUAUCAUCUGUUUGUCCAAAGAACAUCUUUUAAUUAACGAAAUUCUAGUCCAGUUGAAAUGCAAAUGUAACGUUGUGGUGAUUUGAUUGUGUUAUUUCCGAAACUACCUUAUUAGUGUAGUAAUGUUAGGUUAAGUUUUAAGUUUCUUGUUAUCCAACUAAAUAGAUGAUAACGAAAAAAACAAGUUGGUCUUUAUUGUGUAAUGAGUCCUGGAGAAACUGUGGGUAUUUUAGUAGACACAUCUUCUGCAGAAGACAGAGAACCUGAAGUUAACUGUACAGCAGCAGUUGUCAGCACAGCAAGUUCUGCUGAAGAUAUUAGUCUUGUUCCUCAGGUUUCUUUUGAGCCCGCAUUGGAUUCCCCAGGCAUCAACAGAGAAUCGCAGCCUCUUCUGGGGGGGCUCGAUGUUUCUUAUAAUCAAUUUCCAGAUGACCCUGGUUUUAGUGAACUUGUGUGGCAGGCUGAAGUUGCCAUUGAUAAUGGAAUAUUUCCAGAACGCAUAUCACAAGGAUCUAGUGGGUCAUACUUUGUUAAAAAUCCUCAAGGGAAAAUCAUAGGGGUUUUUAAGCCAAAAGAUGAAGAGCCUUAUGGACGCUUGAAUCCAAAAUGGACCAAAUGGAUGCACAAAUUGUGUUGUCCCUGUUGUUUUGGAAGAUCUUGUCUUAUUCCGAAUCAAGGAUACCUUUCAGAAGCAGCUGCUUACUUGGUUGAUGCAAAAUUAAACCUACAAAUUGUACCAAAAACUAGAGUUGUAAAACUUGUAUCAGAAACAUUUCAUUAUCCUAGGAUAGAUAGACAAAAGGCUAGGAUGAAAAGAGCUAUAAUGGAACAAUUUCCAAAUGUUGGGUUGAGAUUCAAUAGGAUAGGACUUCCACCAAAGGUCGGAUCUUUCCAAUUAUUUGUGGAAGGCUACCAGGAUGCAGAUUAUUGGUUACGUCGGUUCGAAGUGGAGCCCCUACCAAGUCGCAUGUCCCAAAAAUUUCAACUUCAAUUUGAGCGUCUUGUGGUCCUCGAUUAUAUAAUUCGUAAUACAGACCGGGGUAACGACAACUGGCUUAUCAAGUACGAUCCACCUGUGAUAGUAACUGCGACGAGUAACGGGACUAUACAAAAUGAGACUGCCCCAGACACUGUAGACUGGAACGUGGUACAGUUACCAGAAAUUAAAAUCGCGGCCAUCGACAAUGGCUUGGCAUUUCCUUAUAAGCAUCCGGAUAGCUGGAGGGCGUAUCCAUACCAUUGGGCCUGGCUACCUCAGGCAAAGGUGCCCUUUAGUCGCGAAACAAGGGAACUUAUCUUACCACUUUUGGGUGACAUGAAUUUUGUUCAGGACUUAUGUGAUGAUCUUCAUAUUCUUUUUAAACAUGAUAAAGGAUUCGAUAAAAGUUUAUUUGAAAGGCAAAUGUCUGUUAUGCGCGGUCAGAUACUUAAUCUGACACAGGCCCUUAAGGAUGGAAAAUCACCAGUACAGUUAGUACAGAUGCCCGCAGUAGUUGUUGAAAAGUCACAAGGUCAGCAACCAUCGCGAUUUUUCAGUUUUACGCAAAGAUUUCAAGAUAAAAGUCCAAUUUUUUCCUGGUGUUAACAUCUGUCUGUGAAUGUAGAUAUAUAAAUGAAAGAGGGAUCUAUUGUAUACAUUAAUUGUUUUAUAUCUAAUUUUAUUUAGUUAUUUUAUUAAGCUUAUUUUACCGUCUAUUUUAAGGAAUGCAAAAACAUGAAAAUUAUAACUUUUUCUGUAAGAAUAAACUGAAAGUAAUUACUUCUAAACAA